AUGGCAGAUAGCAGAUGGCCGUUUCUAGGAUGACAUAAUCGUUAGACAUGUUCAACCUUGUCGUCCAUCUGCAUUGAUUGUCAUCCUGCAUGAGCACAAAAGGGUACUUCGCGUUUCCUCCUCCGAUAUCAGGCACGUCAAGACCAUACCCCACAUUUAUACCUCAGUCCCCCAAUACCAAAGAGACAUUCGUUGACAAAAGCACACCUGGGAAAGGGGACGAGACGCGUAGCGAGAAACCGCCGCACGAUGAAGAACGUAUCAAUCGACUUCACAAGGAGCGGGAGCUCAUAGAGAUGAGCGAAAUAGAGUGGGUUCGAGGCGGCGGAGUUCUGCGCGACGCACAAGGGCGCCGCGAUAAAGCCCGCACUGAACGUAUUCGCGCGGAGCUCAAGCUGCAAGAAGAAGAAAAGACAAAAAUGGGCAGAUGGAGGGAUUACGAUGAGCGGUGGAAAGCGCUGGCCGCGUCGGAUGAAGCUCUCUCAUUCGCAGAUAUCCCAUGGCCGCUUCGGACAGCGCCUUCGUCCAGAGAUACCGAUGCUUUCACGUUACCUGCGAUUUCGGAGUUUUUGUUCGAGUCUCUUUCUGUGCGGAGUAAUGCUGUUACGAAGAAGAGUAGGAUCCGCGGCUCCAUAUUGCGGUGGCAUCCUGACAAGAGCUCGUUGGUCGUUGGCAGGGUUGUGGCUGAGGACGUGGAUGCUGUUCGAGAAGGCAUUCAUGCGGUGUUUCACUGCCUCAAGCGUCUACAGGAUGACGAAAGAGAUAAUAAUAAUACCGUGUAACAAAUUCAUGCCCUACUGGAACGAAACCGAGGCUCAUCGUAGCACACGUACUUGCAUCUCAGCUAGUCUCCCAGUAAGUAGUCAUAUACCUUGGUAGGAGCCCGAGUCGACAAUGACAUUUCAUAAUGAGCUGGCUGUUGCGUACUAUUAAAUCCCAAGUUGUGUCGUUUCGGACUAAAUACUUAUCCAUAUUCAAGAGCAUUCGGAUCGACUCGGAGCAAGUACUACAGCACCGUGACGGGCCCGGGGUACAGCAAGCUUAGUUCCCUAUGAUUAUGACUCUAGCUGAUUAUUUCCUCUGCUCAAGCUACUGCAAUAUACAUAUAUAUCAGUAGUACAAUCGCACGGUACAGCGGACGGUGCACCAUACAGAGAUAUAACAAUAAACAUGCACUAUCGCAACAUAGCGGAUCUAUACUACUACUAGUACGAGUAGUUGUGGCCACGUUCCAAAGCGCGUCGCUAAUCUGGAUUGAG